AUGGAGUUGAAACUUUUUGUAGCUUUGCUUGUCAAUUUUGUAUUAUUCGUGUCUUCGGGAGCUCUAGAAGUUGGAAGAAAAGCAGAAGAGGUGAAAAAACAUGAAUCUCCAAUCCCUUCAUUCCAUGAUCAAAGGUUCCUCUACCAUACCCAUAAGGUUAGUGUCUGUGCUUCAGUUUUUGAUCAAUAUGCUGCCGUGCUUGAGAGUUUUGAAGGUCAAGGAAAGAGGUAUUGGUUGGGAGAGAGUAUAAGAGAAGUGGUGAUAGCAUCACAAUUGAACCAUAGCAAUGUCUUGAAGCUCUUGGGCUGCUGCUUUAAGUUUCCUAUCCUUGUUUAUGAAUUUGCAUAUAAUAGAGUUCUCUUUGAUCAGAUUCAUGGUAAGGAAGAUGACUCUUCAACAAGAACGUAUACACUAUUAUCAUGGGAGACAAGGUUGAAGAUUACAACUGAGAUUGCUAAUGCAGUAACUUGUGUUCAAAUGGCUACUUCUGAGGUCAUUGUACAUCGCGACGUAAGACCCAGUAAUGUUUUCUUGGACCAUAAAUGGGUUUCCAAGUUAUCAGAUUUCACAUCUUCAAUAUCAAUUCCAUCAAGUGAAACACAUGUGGAAGUUGAUGGUGUAAGAGGGACUCCUGGAUUUAUCGAUCCCGAGAGCAUUUGCUUGAAUCAUUUAAUAAAGAAGAGAGGGAUGAUCAAUCAACAGCAGUUGCAAGCUUCCAUGGAACUUGCCCGGAGAUGCACAAGAGAAAAAGCAGAGGAGAGGCCUGCAAUGAUUAAGGUGGCAAAAGAACUAAAAUAG